AUGGCUGCCAUCUGCAAUAUUCUGAAGUGGUUAGGAUUAGCAAUUCUUGCCUCCACAUACAAGUCCUUGCCAGGCGCAUACUUUUUGAGAUUCUACUAUUAUGUCAUAAGAGACAUCUUGAUUCCUCAGAUUUCUGGUAAGCAAUCAAAAACCAUCACUCAGCUGCAGAAGGACAAGUUCGGAUGUUUUGCAUAUACUACUCUGAGCACUUAUGCCUCGUUGUUUGAAUGUGAUUUCUACUUACACAAAAGCAAUAGUACAUAUUUCGAGGAAUUGGAUAUCUCAAGAACGGAUUUGAUGGCAAAGAUUUUUCAGAAACUGUUCACAACAUCAAAAAGGUAUCCUUACGUGCCUGUUGCCAACGUUUUUACGAACUUCUUGAAAGAAAUCAAACCAUAUCAACCUUAUGAAGUCAAGAGCUGCAUCUUUUGCUGGGAUGAGAAAUGGAUUUAUGUUAUGAGCAGGUUUUAUAUCGAAAAGGGUUCGAGAUUGGCUUCUUUGUCCUUAACAAAAUACGUGCUAAAAGAUGGUAGAAAGACAAUUACCCCACGAGACGCGCUUGAAAUUUGUGGUCUAUACAACAAAGAUGUCGAGAAGAUUUCCCAGGAGAACUAUAAAAUUCUAUCCGAACAGUGCGGGUUUCAGGAAACAAGGCCAUUGGAAAAUAUUAAGCAUGAAUAUUCCAGUAUUUAG